AUGGCGGGACACUCGAGACUGACGGUCCUGGAGACCUUGUUCCUCUUAGCUUUCGUAGGUGUGUCGGCUAUCCAAAACGAUCGAACGUCCUCCCGUUCCUCCCGGGAAGACAUAAUUCUUAGCGGCAGCGAGUACAGAGAACCGGAGAGGACGUCCAGCGUGUUCCAUCGCGAUGGAUCGCCGACAUUCCAGAGGACGAUCCCAGCCUUGCAGCUGGAGAGCUCGAAGAGCGUCGCAGGCUUCGAAAAGAACGACGUCAGGUUCGAGGGUACCGGCCACGGGGAGGCUAUCGACGAGCUGACAUCCUCGAAACACGUCGACCAGAUCGACGGGAACAACAUAGAAGUGAAGCCGGCCGAGUAUUAUCGCAUAGCGCCGACAACGAGCGACACCAGGUCGGGGGAAGGGCAAGGGGCUCCGCAGGGACCAAAACUCUUGUCGGAGCCCCACCAGCUGGUUGGAGAGUCGAACCAACGGGCACAGUACCUGCAGGCGCACUACCUCGAUCAACAAAGACAGCCUCGCCAAGAGACCCCCAGGAUCUAUAGCGAACACGCUCCGCCGCCGAUCCUGCAGACCGCAACUCCGGGACAGAGGCAAGCGAAUCCUGACAUUCAAGACAUCAUCACUGGCAUCGUCAAACUCCUCAACGGGAACGUGAACGUCGCCGCCAACACGGUUAGGCCUCUGCGACCGAUCCAAGCGACUAGGAUCAACAAUAGAGGUCCGCCAAGAAUAUCCGAUGUCCCGCCUCUGCCUCCCGAUUUCGAUACACCUGGAAUGAAUCCGCCACCUCCGCCGGAUCAUCCUUACCCAUUCGAGAAGCCCCCGGCCCCCGAAAGACCGGUGGUCAAUCAGCUGCCGCCCGAGAGGCCUGUCAGACCUUUCGUCAACGGAGUUCCGCUGCCGGAACAGAUCGUGCCUCAAGGAAAUCGUCCUUGGAACUGGAAUCGACCUGGAGGAAACAGGCGACCGAUCCCGCCCUACAAACCAUUGCCGCCGACCUUGGACUCCACUUUCCAUCGGGAGAAGGAUCACGACAAGUAUCCAGAUAAAUCUCAAUUCGGCCCGAAUCGCGGAGAUGAAACGGCGGAAUCUUCUACCAAGAAGGAGGACAACGACCGCAACGAGGCUACCACGAACAGUCUGGACGAUAUGAAGAACCACGAGGAGAGUGUCAAUCACAACGACAAGAACAGCGAUUCGAAGCAUUCGGAAGGCGAGGACUCAGCGAAGAAGGAAAACAAACCUCAGUCUCCGUCCAAGGAGAAUAGAAUAAGCACCGAGAAGCCGUCGACGCCUGGGUCGGAGUCUAGUCAAUCCAAUCAGGUGAGCGACGCGAAGAACGAGGACUCCCCGAAGCCUGUGAUACCUUUGGAAAUCAAACCGACGAAGUCCUCGAAGAUCAGCGAACACAGGAAUUCCACUUCUAGCGUAAAUAACGAGAAACCCGGGGACAAGUCGAUAAUCAACAAAACGCCUACCAAAUCCGUCUCGACGCUGAAUAUCGAGACCAGCUCGUCGGUCCAGGUGAUCGAACCCACGACGACGAAGCUCGUUCAGUCGACGACAGUACCGACCGAUAAUGCUCCGAGUAAUUUACCGAGUACGUCGGCAACGAUAACUUUGGAGCCGAGCAAAUCGCCGGAUUUCGAGAACACGAUGAGUCCGUCGAGCGUUUCAACUCCCACGGAAACUCUGCCUUCGACUUUCACCAAGCCUACGCCUAGCACAGAGAAAACCGUGAUCCACACGCCAGCCAACGCGUUCACCAAAAACACAGCCCCAACGGAUCGCUAUGCCUACCGACCCCGACCUGGAAUCGUUCUCGACGAUACCUUGGAUUACACAGGAUCCCAAGGACUAGCUACCCAACGACCCUACUCUCCGCCGAGACAUCCGCCUAUCGGUGAUAUUUUUGAUGUCACGGUCUCGGCUAUCCAAGGUCCCGGCGGCGGAGGCACCGGGGAAGGCGUGAGGGUGCCGAUAAACGGUGGGAGUGCGGACGUGAUACUAACGUCCGCGGUUGAAGGCCAGGGGUUCGUCAGUAUCGACGGGAAGCGAACGUAUUUGAACUUGUUCGAAAAUUCGGAUAGAACUUCGACGCACGUGCAGCCGCAGCCCCAACCGACUAGAACGCAACCACCAGCCGUAGUUGGCACAGGAUUCGCAGUUCCCCAGCCGGAUCCGCCGACGGCAAGCCCGAGACCAACCGGGCCAAUUCGAAGACUAACUUUCCACAGAAGACCCACCCAACCACCGGUCAGAAUAGACACUUGCAUCGUGGGAGACACCAGCACUUGCGACGUUAGCCAACACGAGGCUUGCGCCACUGUUCAAGGAGUGUCCGCGUGUCACUGCAAGCCGGGAUACGCCAGGCUGCAGCAUUCGUUGCCUUGCAAAAAAAUCAUAAGUAUCGUAGUAUCCAUCCGAGUAGACAAGAUCUACGAUAGGAAAGUCGUCUGGGACAGAGGAUUCACCGAUAAAGACUCCGAACCUUAUCAGACAUUGUCCUACGAAGCGAAUCGAGCUAUCGAAUCCGCCAUGUCGAUGACACCGUUUUCGGACGAAUACAUGGGCUCCUCGGUAAACGGCGUGUACCAGGGCGACGUCAGUCAGGGGCAAGGGGGAGUCUUCGUGAACGCAACUUUGAAACUCACUUACGAGCCGAGAACAAUCAGACCAAGCUUGGCGGGGGAACUGCAGAGGCACUUGCUCGGUGUUAUUCACAGGAGGAGCAAUAACAUUGGGAACAGCGCGCUUUACGUUGACAGCCCACCUGGAUCUAUAUCGAACUUGCAAGACCUGGACGAGUGUGCCUCGUCGGAACUGAACGACUGUCAUUCGUCGGCGACCUGCACGAACAAUUGGGGCGGAUUCACCUGCGCGUGCAACCCAGGAUUGAAGGAUCCGCACAAGGACGAUCCGAACGAGUCAGGAAGAACGUGCAUCUCGUGUCCCUCGACUUACUGCAACAAUCGAGGCUCGUGCUCGUACCAGGGCGAUCAUAUGCAGUGCACGUGCACUGGAAAUUAUUACGGUGCUCAGUGCGAGGUCGACGGAGAGGUUCUAGGGGUAGCAAUAGGAGCGUCAGUAGCAGCUUUAAUAAUUAUAGUCUUAACGCUGGUGUGUCUCGUCAUGUGGAGUCGAAGGUGGUCGCGGGAACAGAAAUCGAUCGGCUCGCCGGUCUACGGGUACAUUCAGGGUGGCAUCCCUGGUACCCUUCCGGGAACGCUGGCUAGGGUCGGAUCUGUGGGCACCCUGGCUUCUGUAAAGCAAGGGCCACCGACUAAUUUGCCACCCUACAUGUGGGCGCAUUUUGGAGACCAUAUGGCGACGGCCAACGUAUACGCGGUGAGGAGAAUCAUUGUUUCAGGCACUCUCAAUCCAUUAACCGAGUUGUUAACGCUAGGUUUACGGAACGCGUCAAAUUGACGCAUACUGGAUCAACCAGAUCCGGACAGCUCGGAUUCCGAGCCACAGGAUAAGGACAGGGCCGAUUUGAUCCCGCAAAAUAGCGGUUUUCACGUUCCUAGGCCAAAGUCUAGGUCAUCUUUAGCUAAUCAAAGCGGAAUCUACAAUGACGUAGAGUACGACCAAGGUGACGUGCACCAUUUAUCGAAAAACAAUAUCCCGAUGUCUACCUACAGGCCGUACUAUCGGACGUGAGAACCGAGGAGAAAGUAAUUUAGUUAUAAAUUGUGACUUGUACCCCGGUUACUUAAAACGAAAAGAACUGACAGCGUGGAGUAUUAGGUGUUAAACGUAAGCGGCCGCCAGUGGUUCGUAUUAAGCGGUUGAUUUGCCAA